AUGGCGGAUCCAAAAACUUACAUACUUCCUCUUCCUAAAGAUAUGCACAACUACUUUUCAUCAGCUCCUUUCAAAACCUGCACGUUCAUCGAGUUUCUACGCCGGCUCGAUUUAGAACAGAAAGUAAAGAAUACUGAACAGAGAUUGAUUCAAAGAACUUAUAUGAAAUUCCUGAAUUCAUUGAGCGUAAACCAAGAUAUACCACAAUUUGCUCGGGAUCAUGCAAAAAAGCUGAUAAAAGAGAUGAAUUCCAAGGAAGUUAAAUUAUUUUGGGAUUCGAUAGUAGAACGCGAAAAACGUUGUGCCGCAGAGGAGCAUUAUUACAAAUUGCUUGAACAAGUUCGAAACAAGCAUGUCUUAAUUGGUGGUGCUGACGUUGCUCGAAUGCAGAAAGAAUAUAAAGUAGACGAAGAAUCAUUGGAAGCUUCUACAGAGAAAAAGCGAAAAGAUAAGGAUGGCAUCGAAUCGACACCAUCCACAAAAAAGUCUAGAUCAGAUUAUGAAUUUUUAUACACACCAUCUUCAUCUGAAAUGGAAAAAUUACCUACGCUGGUAACUGAUUCGACUUAUUAUGACGAAGAUGAUGAAAUUACGAUUAUAAGGGAUGUUCCUCAGCUAUCUUUAGAGAAUAGAGAUCUCGAAGACGAUUUUUUUAUAGAAGAGCGUAAUAUUUCAAAAUUAUUUCGACAAUAUCAAAAAGAAUCAGUUAAUCUUGCCAAUUCUGGUGGUUUAUAUGUUGAGACAAGCGUUCACGAAAUUUUGGCUUUGACAUCAAUAUUCAUGCUUGCACCAAAUUCUCAUUCCGAAAUUAUGAUUAAUAUCUUUGGUUCCCAAAACUUAUUGGACAAAAUACAUAAAGUACUCUUUCCAACAGAUAAGCGAGGAUUAGAUGCGGAAUGUGAAUCUAAAUUCAGAAGAAUAAUAAAGCAAUCAAUCAAUGAUUCACGAGACAGUGCUAUUAAAUCCUCAAUAGCAUUCUUAACAGAAAAUAAUUCAAAGGAAAAUCUAGGAUUUGUAAUUUUUGAAGGGUUGAGAUCAUUACCUAAUUUGACAUUAAAAAGUCAACCAAGUGAAAUGACAUUAAUCACUAACUAUCUGGAUUAUAUAAUGAAAGAACUAUUUCAUGAGCCUGACAAGCAUAGAGUUGAGUGGCCGAAUACAGGUCUUAAAGAAAGUAGAACAAGAAAAUUGGAAGGUAGAGCUAGACAACCCGAUUUCAUAGUAUCGGCAAUUAAUCAGUUAGAAACUAGCGGAACAUUAUUCGUAGGAGAAGUAACAUCCCCUGCCGAAAAAGGCAAUGUGCGCAAAAAUUGCAAUGAUUUAAUCCGAAUUGGUGUUUUUAUGAAAGAAUGCAUCGAUUCAGCCAUAGAUAAAGGUGCAGAUGUUAAGCUUUUGGGUUUUCAAUGUAUCGAAUACACAAUUGAUUUUUACGCAAUGGAGCUUAGUGCACCGGGGCUAUAUUUUAUGUACCAUAUCGGUCAAGCUUCGAUUCCCACUUCAGUAAAGACAAUUACACAUUUUAUUGAUGAUAUAGAAACUUUUCUGACGGCACAAGAUAUUUUCCGAGAAUCAUUUGUUAAUUUUUAUGAUAAAUUAUGUAACCCAAAAGAACAAUCAACAAAAGCUCCAUUUAAACGCGAGACCUUAUCUACGCCAGAUUUCAAUCAACUUGUUAGCAAUACGCGUAAUGUCAAAAGAAAAUGUACUUUCUGA